AUGAGUUUCAGUGCGCCGUCGAGGCGGCUGCUACAAGGGGCCCCCGCCCUCGCAGCCCCAGGCACAACGACGACAACCACGACGACAGCGAACGCUCUCCUCCCAGCUCUCCAAGCCCUCUCCCUCUCCCCCUCGCGAACCGGUGCCGGCUCCUCUACCCGCGCGAUCCACACGACCCCCCCGAAGCAAUGGUUCUGGAACCGCAAUAAGAAGCCCACAUCCAGCCCUCUAGAGAACGAAGUGUCCGGCUCCAAGGCCGCUCGCGAGAAGUUCGUCGAAAGACUCGCCGGCCGCCUCGAAGGCCCCGCCAUGUUCGAAGACGAAGUCAAGGAAUCUCUCCCCUCGGAUACCUCACCAGACACCGCCCCCGACGGUAGCGAGCGCCGCGCUCGCAAGGGGCCCACCACCAAACCAGGCGCCUCGCUCGUGCGCGAGCACCUCGCCCGUUCCGUCAACCCGGACCCGCGCGCCCGCGCCCGCUGGGAACGCAAGAUGGUUAUCCGCCAAGUGCAGCGCGGGACCAACCCCUUCAGCCACGAGCCCAAGGCGGCCCGAAUCGCCCGCACCGAACGCCAGGUGACCUCGCGCAGUCCCUUUCUCGCCACCAGCACGAAGAAGCUCGUGCACCUAGCCCACCAGAUCCAGGGCAAGACCGUUACCGAGGCGCUCGUACAGAUGCGUUUCAGCAAGAAGAAGUUCGCGCAGGAAGUGCGGUACGAGCUGGAGCGGGCGCGCGACAGGGCUAUCACCGAGCGCGGGAUGGCCCGCGGCGGGUCUCUGUCGUCACUCCCCGCGCUCCCGAGAACGGUGUCGUCGGCUGCCCGGGCGGGUGGUGCCAAUAGCAAGACGGGUGACAAGGGAAUUGAGAUUCAGACCAAGGAUGGCAAGUGGGUCAAGAUUGAUGACCCGACGCGGAUGUACGUCGCCGAGGCCUGGGUCAACCGUGGGCCGUGGCGUCAAAAGGUGCCCUCGUACCGUGCUCGUGGCCGUAUGAACAUUCUCAUGCGACCGUCAGCCAGUAUCUCGGUCGUUCUCAAGGAGGAAAAGACCCGUAUCCGGGAGGCGGUUGACCGUGAGGCCAAGAAGCUUCGCCAAGGCCCCUGGAUCCAUCUUCCCGACCGCCCCGUCUCUGCCCAACGUCAAUGGUACUCGUGGUAA